AGCAUUGUUGUUUGGCAUUUGACGGGAUUCGUUGUGGUUUUGCAGUAUUCAUUUGCGCACUUGUUAAGAUAAUCAUGAUUCUUAAUUUUCAAAAUUAAAUAUUGCAGAAUUCAAAAAAUCAAUGCUAAAUUAAUAUAAAGUGUGAAUGUUACAAUAAAUAUCUGGUAGUUGUUAACGUUUGCUGCCUUAAUAGGGGUAGUAAAAAAGUGUAGGCAGCAACUAAAAUCCCCACAAAAAAAAAACAAAUACGCGAACAAUAGCACGUACAAAUUGACUGGUAGAGGUAGAGCAAAACGCAAAACGGUAUCGCUUUAUUAGAAGGACGUUGACCAAAAUAAUAACAAAGUAGAGCGUGUAUUGAACUUUGAAACAUGUCCACUGCGGAGCCUACCAGCGCACCAGUGCUUGGGCUGAUUGGGAAGCUGGCGCAGUCAUUUGGCGCCACUGAAGCUGCAUUACGCCUGUUAAUCUCUAUUUUUGCAGGAUAUGCCAUUGCUUUCUUAUAUCGUAAAUUUAUCGUCCUUCAGCCAAACAAAUUAUUGCAUCAUAUUUAUUUCGUCGCAUGGGGUUUGCUGCUAUGCCUCUUUAAUUUCGGCAAUAACACCUGCCACUCGCUCAUUGCUGUCGCCACCACUUAUGUUCUAGCACGAUUACUACGCUCAGCUCCACGUGAACUCAUCAUUAUCAAUUUCGUCUUUCACAUGUCAUAUCUGCUUGUGGGCUACUAUUACACAGAGAGUAAUGAAUAUGACAUCCUAUGGACAAUGCCGCAUUGUGUGAUGGUGUUGCGUUUGAUUGGUUUUGGGUUCGACAUAACCGACGGCCUGAAAGAGCGUGCAAAGCUUUCUAAAGAGCAACAGGAAAAUGCAAUUGCCGAGCUACCCUCACUGCUUGAGCUGUUUGCUUUUGCUUAUUUCCCUUGUUCGUUUUUAAUUGGACCACAGUUUGCAUACCGUCGCUAUCAGCGUUUUAUUAGUGGUGAAUUCCGACAAUACGAAGGUGGUGUGAAUGCUGGUCUCAAGCGUAUGUCUAUUGGAUUUGUAUACUUAAUCAUUAGACAAAUAGGUGCCACAUAUUUUCCUGACUCCUACUUCAUUUCGGAUGAAUACCCGAAAGUGCCUUACUUUUGGCGGCUUGUCUAUUUGGGUGUGUGGGCAAAAUUGGCAUUGUCCAAGUACGUCGCAUGUUGGCUACUAACAGAGGGUGCGCUCAUGAUUUUAGGCAUUUCACAUGCGGGAAAGAAGGAAAAUGGCGAAAACGAUUGGUCUGGUUGUUCAAAUGUAAAUCUUAUAAUAUUAGAAACUGGCUAUUCAAUGCAACAUUACGUGCAUUCAUUUAAUGUCAAUACGAAUCAGUGGGUCGGCCAAUAUGUCUAUAAGCGGUUAAAGUUUCUUAACAAUCGCACGAUCAGCUACGCUGCUGCUUUGGGUUUCUUGGCUGUAUGGCAUGGCUUCCACAGUGGCUAUUACAUGGCUUUUCUGAAUGAGUACAUGACUGUAACGGUGGAGAAGCAAUUUGCCAGUGUUUGGGCAAAGACCAACAUUGACGUGUACGCCGAUCUUAUUAGUCCACCAUUUGUAUAUCCCGUACUGAAAUACUGCGUACAAAAGCUUUAUGAUCUCUUCUAUAUUGGCUGGUGUAUGACACCGUUCAUUCUGUACAGUUAUCCGCGUUGGAUGAAAGCCUAUAGUUCGGUCAAUUAUUUUGCUUUUGUUGCUAUCAUCGUGUGGACGAUUUUCUAUCAAGCAUUUAAAUAUUUUGAGCGUUCGGCAAAGCGGCGUGAACAGGAUAAUACUUUUGGACGCGCAACAACACUUUCGCCAACUGUGGAGGAGAAAAUUGACGAGAACCGAAAUUAGUAAAUGUACUUAUAAAUAAGUGGCACGAGAAAUUGAUAGGGGGGAGUAUAGAUAUAUAUAUGUAUAUAUAUAUAUUUAUAUAUAUUCGGUGGAAUGUGGUGUAACUGCUAAUAAUGAAACUGGCAGCUUGUUGUAUAAACUGUGCAAAAAGAAAAGGCUGUUAAAAAAAAUGAAAUUCGCGAAAAUAAGACACAUAUUUUUAUAAGAGUCUAAAUAUUUUUUUUUUUUUUGUAAUAAGAUGAGUUUAUAGGUUCUUUGCUUUUGAUGCUUGAGGGGGGAGCCUGGUUUAUUUUUUUUUUUAAGGAAAAAAAUUAAUUUAGCACUGCAAAGUUUUUUCUAUCUUUUAAUGAACAUUUAAAAAGUAUAAAAAAUGUUUGUACUGGUUAAAAUAAGUUGACAAAAAUGUUUAACAUAGAAAUUAGUAGAGCGCUGCAACGCUGGAGUUUCCAACUGGCGUACAAGAUACAGCUCGUAAUUAUUAUCUAAAGCAAAAAAUUCAAAUGGAUUUUUAAUUAUCAUAAUUUUUUAUUCUGGAUGACCUAAGAAAACUGAGAGAAAUUCCAAAAUUUCAACUUUUUGGAGGUUUAAAAAAAAAAAAUGCCUUCAACUUGAUAUAAAAAUCUUGAAAAUUUUUUUUAAUCUAUUUUGUUUGUUCAAAUAGAAGAGAAUUUAAUACUGAAGAGAACAAGCUAUGAUUAAUUUCAAAAGGUUCAUUAGUAUUUUUUCAUUCAUAUACGCCAAUUCAAAGAAAUCAUAAAAAUGAAAAGUCGAGAAAAGAAGAUAAAGUUUGUACUAUAGCUGUCCGGUCACAGCGUAACUACCUAACGCUUGCCUACCUUUGGCUUUGUAUCUACGGAAAAAUUGAGAAUUAGGCUCUGUAACUUUGUGUGAAUAUUCUGAAAUAUAUUAGGAAUCGCUUAAAAUGAAAAAAAACAUUGAUUUUUUUGACCUUAUAAACCAGGCUCCCCCCUUAAACAAAAAAUGUUAAAAUUGGCUGUAAAUUUCCGGUUAGUGGCUUUGAACAAAAUUCAAUACUGGCUAUAUUUCGAAUGCAUAGUAUUAUUGUCGGAAGUGCUAUAUACACAUUUUUUUUCUUUUUUGUUUUUUUAUUUGGUCAUUUUGUAUUUUGCAACACCGCAGCCUUCUAGUCAGUAAUUACAUUUAUUUAAUUCAUAUCACACAUUGCAUAAGUUUACAUCCUGCAAAUCUCAGGCACACCCAAUUGUACAUAUAUAUAUAUAAAUAAUUAAUUGAUCAAAUUAGACGCGUUUUCUCAUAAGUUAAAUAUUAUAUAAAUUUUUUCAUAUACAAAUCCUAAUUUCAAAACUUGUAAACUUACGUAGUCGCAAUGCUUAAUGUUCUAUUUGUACUAGUUAAUUAUUUCCUAAGUGUAAAUGACGCGCAUCAUUUGCAGAGGCUUACCAAAAUAUAUACUUACAAUCGUUGACUGCAAUUACCCAACAUAAAAGCUGUUACAACUCAACCAACAAAUAUAUUUAUCUGACCUUUAUGUGCAUACAAAAAUAGUACUUAAAAUAAAGAUUUAUGGAUGCUGUCGGAAAUAUAAGAUGAGAUGUAGCAUUAAUUAAUUUUGAAAAUAAACAAGUCAAUUUUCCUCAAUUAUGCGCAGAAAA